UGUAAAUUAACACACACGCCUGAAAAAAGGACAACAACGAGAAGCAAGAUUAGCGAUUUGAUACUAGUGUUAUAAGAAGUCCAUUGUUACUUGAAAAGGUAAAAAAUGUCAUGCAGCACUUAGAAGACAGAGAUGAGUAGCAGUCACCCACUGAUAUGACUUCCUGCUUUUAUAUAUAUAAUGUUUUACACAGUGGCUUCAUUAACAGUUUAAAAAACAAAGAUUUGAAAAUAAUGACGACUAAAACGCAAGCUAAAAUCUUAACAAAAACGAAUUUCUUGAAUGCUGACCAUGUGGUAAAUGGUAAACCGUUUGUCAAAGUGAGAAAAGUUAAAAAGCAGGUAUUGAUGGACCAAUAUCUAGACAGUUUAAAGUGUAAACCAUGCAAACAAGCAGCUAAAGAAAUGACAAACGGAACCGAUGGUAUUCAACCAAAUGGACAAUUCCAGGUACAAAAUAGGACCGGCAAAAAUCUAAGUCAUGACAAUGAUAAUUCUAAAAAUCAAAUCAAACAACGCAACAGGAGUAUGCAAAAUGGUUUAACUGUAUUGAAAUCAGAGAUGAUAACUAGUGAAAACAACAAUGAAGAAUUCAAAACAUUAUAUGAUGUCAAAAGGCAUCAACAAAAUGCAAGUAAUUCUAAUGCCAUAUUGGAUGAUACUGUGAAUGGAAGUAUAAAAAAUAGAAAGGUUCGAAGAAACAGUAAUGUUAAUCCUAUUCGGAAAAUAUCUACUUAUUUAAUGGAAGAUACUGUGAAUGGGAUGCAUGGUAGUACCAGAGAAACAGAGGUCCGAAGAGACAGUAAAGGAAAUCCUAUUCGGAAGACAUCUGCUUUGUUAAACGAAGAUACAGGAAGACCAGGAAGACGGGAUUCAGUUGUUGCCAUGUCAACAAGAAGAUACUCACUAUCUCCAUCUGUAUCAAAAUCUAAAGUAAGGAAAACCAGUUUUGUAGCACCACCAACGGCUACCAGAAGGACGAGCUUACAGGUAAAUGGUAUAAUUAAAAACAAACUUUCAAAACGUAACAAUACCACACAAUUGCCAGACGCAGCCGUUCGCAGGGAAACAAAGCAAAUUACAUUGGAUGUUUUAAUACAGCAUUGUGAUGAGAGGUCGUUAUUGACAGUUGAUGUUGAAACAAUUGCUAGCAGUCUGAGUGCGCUGUACCCAUCAUUUGACAUAGAAAUAAAUGGUGCUGAAGGGAUGUGUUUGUACUCCAAAAUCAAUUCAAAAAAUAACAAAGGAAACAGUAAAUCUACAAUGGCUCCAAGAGACGAAUUACACUCCACAUUCUACAGUGAAAAAUUAUCAAUUAAAGAUAUAAUUAAGGAAAUGAAACAGAAACCAAACAGUUCCAAAUGUCAAACAGAUUUCUGUCGCAGAAUGGCAUCAUUCGCUAAUGACGACUCUCUUCAUGUUUUGCUGGCGAAACAAGAGGGGAUAUCUUGUGUUAUCAAAGCAAUGAAACAGUUUACAGACAGCAAAGAUCUCAUAAAAUCAGCUUGCCAAACUUUAUUAAAAAUGACAUCAUAUUCAGAUGCCAAUUGUGUUCAUGUCCACAAAGAAGAUGGAAUCUCAUUUCUAAUAGAACUUGUACAAAUCAAGAUUGACGACGCAGAACUCCUGCAGACCAUAUUAGACAUAUUAGGGUAUCUUGUUAUGACCGAUAACACAGAUAUUAUAGAUUCCAUGAUUGACAAAUCUUGUCAUACCAUCGUCCUUACCACAAUGUCAAGGCAUGGCGACUAUAGCGAUAUUGUCAAACAGUGCUGUUUUAUCUUAUCAAAUUUAGUAAACUCCGUCGACAUCGCGAGGUCUCUCAUGUUUAUUGGAGGAGUACAUGUAAUUAUUGGUGCCAUGCAAAAGUUUGAAGACAAUAACGAAGUAUUAGAGAACGGUUGUAGAGCCCUUGGAAGUUUUGCAGUACACGAUGAGAUAUGUACCGAUGUUGUCAAUGCAGGUGCUCUUAAGAUAACGCUGCAUACUUUAGAGAGAAGCAGAGAAGAUGAACGGUUGUUAGAAUGUGCUACAUGGGCUUUAGCAUGUCUUACAAAAUAUGAGGAAUCGUGUAAAGAUGUAUGUAGUUCAUGUGGCAUGGAGAAACUAAUUCAAGGAAUGAAACACUUUCCUUCCAUAGAAAUUAUACAAGAAUACGGUUGCUGGACAAUCUGUAACGUAAUUGCACAUGACAAACCAUUUGAUGUCAACAUCAGUCAUGAUAUAGUCCAUGUGUUAUUGGAUGCAACGAGCAUGUUCUUGGACAAUAUAGACCUGCAGGAACAAUUAUUGUUUGCCAUUAGCGAAACCAUAACUGUUACAGAAACGAUUCUUCAUCGAUUUGUUUCAAGCAACGGUAUACCAUUAAUCGUUAAAACCAUGUCCCAGUACCCAGAUCAUUGCCCUAUACAGGAACAUGGCUGUCGGAUCAUUGGAAACGUAGCUGUAUGUGAGCAACACAGAUUACACAUUGAAACAGAAGGAGGUUCUAAGGUUAUAGUAUCAGCCAUGUUGACAUUGGAGACAUCAGAAGAGUUACAAGAAAUCGGCUGUCUAGCCUUAACCAACAUAACAGCUAACGUUUACAAAAACAAAGUGACAGCAGUGAAAAGCGGGUGUGUAUCAGCAGUAUUAAAGGCGAUUACAGCAGAAAGCGACUGCGACAACAACUUACUUUCAGCACUUCAGACCAUUGGCAAUGUGAUAGAAAUUGAUGAUGCUUGCUAUAAUUUCCUGGAAGAAGGUGGUUUGAAGAUAAUAAGAACAGUACUGUGCACCAAAAGUGUGUCUCGAGAAUUUACAGAUAUUCUUUUAUUUGCAAGCAAUAUUUUGUCGAGAUUAUCAGCAAUUUUAGGAAUAGACGAAGGAUACAUUGACCAAGCUGAAGAAUUACUGCUGAAAAUAAUAGACAUGACAAACAAUAAUUCAGAGGCAGUACUGAGUCUAAGUCGGUUUUAUGAAAACAUGCUUCAAACUGAGAAAAGGUACAAUACAUUUAGAGAGAAGAACAAAAUACUUACUAUUAACAAAUGGAUAAAUGAAUUUGAAGAAGACAGCAACAUCCAAAUAAGCUGUUGUAAAGUUCUAGCUGCAGUUGCGCUGUGUAAGUGA